AUGAAAAAGGAAAAUAAAGGUGCCAACGUCAAGAUGAUGUCAGUGCCCGACGGGUGUGAAUCAAGAAGAAAUAGAGUUCCGUCCGACAAUUCUUACAUAAGCGAUUACAUAUGAUUUUAAUUGAUCAAAUUAAGAUCUAUAAAAACUAAAAGAAUCGUAAUUGAAUGAAGUAUAUCUUGGUAAAUUUAAAUCACACAAAUUAUCACUAAAUGAAGUGAAAAGUAAGUUGAAAGCAUGAAAAUAGAGUUCCAACAUUGCGGCAGCGAUGCGUCGGUGAUGCACCGGAAUCCUGAGUGUUCGGAAGGAUCGUCGUGUAGUGUCUAUGGCCUCAAAGGCUCUCAUUGGAUAUAGAUGAUGUGGGCAAUCUCUAGAUCUUCUUGCGAAGUCUAAAGAUCAAUGAAAUGGGUUGUCAAAUCAUCUUCGGUGGCUGUCACCUGGCAGAGCAGAAAAACGAUGACUUUGUAGUUCUCCGACGACUAUCACCUAGCGGAGCAAAAAAAUAACAACUUUGUAGUUCUCUGAUGGCUGUCACUUGACAAAGAGGAGCUAGAUGGAGGUGGGACAUGUGUCAGGGAGCUUCAUCCUCAAGUCUGCAUAGCAAAAGGAGGCUCUUCGUCACAUCUGGUAUGCUCUUAGGAGGUGAUGAAUCAUCUCCUGGCGGAUCGUCCUCUUCCUGAUGAUAACUUGUUCGUUGAUCAAUUAGAGAUGCUUUACUUGAUAGAUUUACGAUCCUUUUAACACAAAUCGUUCAACAAUUUUAGUAACAAUGCUCCAUGAAUCGCAUUAAGGAGAUUUUUGUCGAUGAUCUAGUGAUUCUUGUAGCUUAAUCCUUCACUGGCGAUCUGUACGAAAGUCGUGAUAAUUAGAUAAAAAAUAUAAGUUUUGGCUCUAAGAAGAUUCGAACCCACGUCAGUUACUCGCCCUUUCUAGAAAAAGUGUGAUACAAGUUUAGUCCCACAUUACUUGUACGCCACGUUUCUGAUAAAUAUAUAGUAAUAUUACAUUUACAAUCAAGUCCCUUUUUCAUACAUGUACGACCACUCCUUGCUCGAUAGUCGGCUGGCCACUGGUGAUGUGGAAGGGGAGUGGCGCGCACAUGCCCCUAUCAGUCCUAGCCACUCAAGCCCCUGCACAUGGCUCCUCCUUGACUGCACUUUCGACCCGCUUGUAGGCUUGGCUGGCUGGCGGGUCCCCCUAUUUUGUUAUAUUUUUAUUUUUAUUUUUAUUUUUAUUUUUUUCUUCAUUUAUCUCAAAAGUAAGACUAUAAAAAUUAUAUAAAUUCAUAUAAAAUCACAUAUUUACCUAAAAAAUCACGUUAAUCAAUUGAAAACCACUUUUCACACUUUAACACAAAUAUAAAUCUAUUUGUCAUGAGUUAAAACUAAAACUAUAUUAUUUAAUAAUUAUUAACUCAUGAUAAUGAAGACUUAUCACACCCCUCAACUUAAAUCAUUGUUAGUCCCUUAACAAUGGAAUUACGAAAAUAAAAAUUUACAAAUCUCAAAUAUCAUAUUUCAAUACAUAAAAAAAUACAAUUGAAAAUGAUGCACUUUUAGACACUUUGGACUCUUAUAUUGAGUAUUUAAGAAUGAUGUCAAGCACUUAAAUGUUUAAGCACUCUUUGGAAUGACAAUCUAGACUUCACUUCUUCUAUUCACAUCUUUAUCACUUCUUCACUCAUAGAUAUAUUUACAAGAUAUUUCAAUUAUCAAUAAUCAUCUAAGAAUAAUAUUGAUCCUAUAUUUCUCUUUUUCUAUAGCUUAAUUUUUGAAAUGUGCAUUAUAUAUAUAUUUUUUUUGAUAUAUAUAGUGUGCAUUAUAGAUAAAUUUCGAUAAUAAGAAUGAUGUCUCACACCCUCCAUGUGUACUCUUCAUUUUUAGGGCUUUCACUUUAUCCACUUAUUUUACAGCAAGUAGUUUUCUAUACAUGAUUUCAACAAUGAGAAUGAUGUAUCACACCUUCCAUAUGUACUCUUCGUUUCUAGAUUUUUCACAUUACUCUCUCUUUUUUUCGAAAUAAGUGAUUUCUCCUCACAAGUCUUAUAGAUCUGGGUGCAAAAAUCUCUAUUAAACUCAAAUCAUCAAUCAAAUUUUCACAUCAAGUAAAUACUAUCCAUUAAGAUCAUAAAGUGAAAAUCUAUAAAAUCAAUUUAAUGUUACCUAUUAUGUACACAAGGAGUAUUCCAACAUUUUAUGCUACUAGAUCAUUCUUUUGACUCAAUAAUAAUCUUCCUAGUAUCUUUUGAUAUCAAUCAAUCUAAUUAAUUUAAUUUUUCAUACAUAUAAUAUGAUGUAAGAAAUUUGUAAAUUAGAUAGUUCUGACAAUUCUAUUUUUCACAACAAUAAAUUUGUCAAAAAUAAAUCAAAACUAUCCUCUUUAUAACUAUAAUUUCAAAUUUUAGUAAUAUAUGUUUAGGGGAUUGAAAUGUGAGAAAAGGGUCUCUAAAAUUUCAAAAUUUGGGCUGUUUUUUUGUCUACUAUUUUUGACAGUCUGUUGUUCCUGAUAGAAAACUAGAAAAUAAAUAUUGUAGUUUUCUGAAUUUUAUUUUAUUUUUUAUUUUUUCAGUUGCUGUUCUAAUACAAACACAUGUUCUUAAUUGUCCUAUAGCAUAAAUUAAUAAUGAAUACUUAACCCCCCAACUUAAAAAUGACAUUGACCUCAAUGACAUAGAAAAAUUGAAACAGAAUAUGCAGAAAAUAUAAUUUUCAAGUGAAGUAUGCAUAUGUGCAAAGUUAAGUAUUAAAAAUAUUUUCAUAAAUGAUAAAGCUAAAAAAGGCAGCACCUCAACCUCGCUUUUAAUUUUCGACUUCAACUUACACUCCUCCUCCUACACUUUUUUGAAAAAACAAAUACAGAAAUAAGUAUUGCAAAAUUCUAAGAAAAAUAGAGCUUAGAAAAAAUCAAAUAAAAUGAAAUAAAAACCAUGGGUUGCCUCCCAUGCAGUGCUGAAUUUAAUAUCUUCAGUUGGACAGCUCUUAGAUCAUAUAAGAUAAUCUAUGGCCAUCAAAAUAUAUUUGUAUCCCAAGGUAAGUUUCAUGAUAUUCUUUUUUAGAUUUAACAUAAAUUCAUAUACUUCAUAUAUAUACCUUGAUAUACUUUCACCCAAAAUAAAAUAGAAAUUAACAAUUUUUAAAAAAAAUAACAUUUUCAUUUUGAAAAGAAUCUUUCCUCAUUUCUAUCUUGUUUUGUAAGGCUCUCAUUCAUUAAUAAAUACUUUCUAUUAAUAGAUCAUAAAAUCUGAUCAGGCCAUAUAAUUUUCAAAUUAGCUCUUACCCAAUCUAGAAUUUUUUCAUCUAAAUUGAUAUCUCUAAUUCUUCCACUCACCAAUUUCUUAAUGUGUUCUUUUAUCUACAUAAUCUUCUCCUACUCUAUUUUAUCUUCCAUACAUAUGUGUUUAAUUUGCAAGGAGUGAAAUAUUUCAAGCUUAGAAAUAAUUCUAAUGGGUUGUGGGUUUUGAAGGAUGUAUAGAUUAUCCUCUUUAAUCUCAAAUUUAAUGAAUUAAGUAAAAUUCAAAUUUCCUCCUCCAAAAUUAUCUCUAUAUUCAUAUUCACUAUUUUCGUUUCUCCCUAUUAGUUGAAUCAACUAUUUUUCUAACUUUUCGUUUCUCAACUCAUCAAAUUCUUUAUCUUCCAAGAGCUAUCUUUUAAUUUCGAUAUAUGAUAUAUAUCAUCAUCCUCACUAUCAACAUCCAUAGCUGCAAAAUUAUGAUUAGAUUUAUUAAUUUCAUGUCUUACAUCUUCCAAAUCAAUUGAGUUUUCCUCACCUGAAAUAUAUUUUUCUUCAUUUCUGUCCUUACUCCCUUCUACUAAAAUUUAGAUGAUUUUUCUAUGAUCAGCUAUUAUUUUUUUAUCUAAGGGAUCUUUUUCCUCAUCAUCCUCACUAUAUUCAUUCAUCAAUUGUGAGGAGUAAAUGAUUUUAUUCAAAUUUUCUACUACUAUAUUUUCAGUCUUAAUAUUCUCAUUUAGUUCUAAUGGAUCAUUGAUUUCUUCUAAUAAUUGAAAAUAAAGAUUAGGUAAAAUAUUCUCACUCAAUGUAUUUACUGUCCUAACAUUUUCAUUGCAUAGGUUUUUUUCUAAAUUUAUUCAGCUAGACUCUCACUGAAAUCCUACUGCUGAAUAGUUUCUUGAAUUUUCUAUGGGCUGACUAAGUGGCUGCCCUUCUUCUCUCCUAUUCUCAAAAGCCUCUAUAAUUUUUUUUUUGGUGUAACAUCAUUUGAUUCAUAAUUUGUUGCAUCAUUUGGCUCAUUUGCUACAUCAUUUUUAUAGCAUCAUGUUGGAUUUGAGAGGACUAAUUUUUUUCAAAAAUAUGUGUUCUUAUUUUAGAUGAGAUUUAAAAUUUGAAUUGGAUCUAAGUACUUCUAGAUUUUGAAUAUUAUUUAGGUUUCUUGAUAAAAAAUUAUUCUCCUAGUUAAGAUUAUAAGAAUUAGAAAAAUAUUCCCUAUUUUUACUAAAAUCGUGAGGUACUUGCACUUGUUCUUGCUUAGGAUGAUAUUGAAAUUCGAAAUGAUCCUUUUCACUAUACAUAGGACAAGUACUAUAUGCAUUCAAUUGAAGGUUAGGAGGCUUUUUAAUAUUAUCAAUAAGUAAAUCAAGUUUUUCUAAUCUUUGAUUAAUCUGAUUAAUCUCAUUUCUAAAUUUAGAAUCAUCAUCAUGAUACAAUUCAUAAAUUCCUCUCUUCUUAUCCCUAUCAUAUAAUUUAAAAGAGACUUGAUCUUUAUAAUUUUCAUUUAAAUUCUCAUAAAUACUGUAAAUCUCAUUAGAGGUUUUUUCUAUAAAAGUUUCUCCACAAAUAGAAUCAACCAUAUCUCUAUGUUGUUCUAAUAAUCUAUCAUAACAAAUUAUAUUGAGCUGCCACUUGGGUAUAGUAUGAUGAUGAAGCUUUCUAAGUAAAUCUUUGAAUAUUUUUGAUGUCUCAUGUAAAGUUUCUCCUAGUCUUUGAAAAAAACUCCAUAUAUAUUUUCUCAUAUUUUGAGUUUUUCUUAAGGGAUAAAUUUUUUCAAAGAAAGACUUAUUUUAUGUUCUUCUAGUUAGUUAAUUCUCUAUUUAAUGUGGAUAGCCAAUGACUAGUUUUGUCCUUAAGUGUAUGUGAAAAUAAUUAGGUGAAAGCCAUUAGAGAUCCACAUAUUAUCUAAGAUGUACUCUACCUCCAUUCAGAUUAUUUCUAUUAGGUGAUAGUCAUCAAAGAUUCAUAAAGUUGUUAUUUUUUUACACUAUCAAGUGACAACUAUUAGUGAUGAUUCGCUGAUCUACUUCAUUGAUUUUUAGACUUCACAAGAAGAUUUAUAGAUUAUUGACGUGACUUAGUCAUUAUAUAGUAAAUCACAUAAAUUUAAAAUUUGUAAAACUAGAAAAUAUGAAUUCUUAGAUAUUUAGAAGUAUUUAUGAACAAAUAUAUCAAUUAUAAUUUAAUAAAAAUUUUAAAAAUAGCAAUAAUUUUCUAAGUCAAUCACAAGAUGUAAUAUAAUAUCAUAGAUUUAAAAUUCACAGAAAAAGAAAAUAAGGGUGCAAAUGUCAAGAUGACGUUAGUGCCUAGCGAAUGCGAAUCGAAUAGAAAUAGAGUUUCCUUCGGCAAUUCUUACGUAAGCGAUUACAAACGAUUUAAUUUAUCAAAUUAAGAUCUAUAAAAGCUAGAAGAAUUAUAAUUGAACGAAGUAUAUGCUGGUAAACUUAAAUCACAGAAAUUAUCACCAAAUGAAGGGGAAAGUAAGUUGAAAGUAAGAAAAUAGAGUUGCGGCGGCAAUGCAUCGGCAAUAUAUCAAAAUCUUGAGCGUUUGGGAGGAUCGUCGUGUAGUGUUCACAGCCUCGAAGGUUCUCUUUGGACAAAGACGGCGUGGGCAAUCUCUAGAUCUCCUUGCGAAGUCUAGAGAUCAAUGAAAUGGGUUGUCGAAUCAUCUCUAGCGGCUUUCACUCGGUAGAGUGAAAAAAUGACGACUUUGCAGCUCUCCAACAGCUGUCACUCGACGUAGAAAAGUUAGAUGGAGGUGGGGCGUGUGUUAGGGAGCUUCAUCCUCAAGUCCGCGCAGCAAGAGGAGGCUCUUCAUCACAUUUGGUACGUUCUCAAGAGGUGGCGACUCAUCUCCCGGCAGAUCAUCCUCUUUCCGAUGACGGCUUAUUCAUCGAUCAAUUGGAGAUGCUUUACUCGAUGGAUUCAUGAUCCUUUUAUCGCAAAUCGUUCAAUAAGUUUAGUAAUAAUGCUCUGCGAAUCGUGUUGAUGAGAUUUUUGUCGAUGAUCUAGCGAUUCUAGUUGCUUAAUCCUUCAUUGGCAAUCUGCAGGAAAGUCGCGAUAAUCAAAUAAAAAAUAUAUGAGUUUUGACUCUAAGAAGAUUCAAACUUGUGUUGGUUGCUUGCCCUUUCUGGGGAAGGCGACACACGUUUAGUCCCACAUCAGUUAUACGUAGAAGUUUCUAACGAAUAUAUAGUAAUAUUAUAUUUACAAUCAAGUCCCUUUUUUGCACGUGUACGACCACUCCUUGCCCCAUAGUCGGUUGGCAAUUGGUGAUGUGGAAGGGGGGUGACACACACGCCCCUAUCGAUUCAAGCCGCUCGAGCCCCUGCUCGCGACUCCUACCUGACUAUGCUUCCAACCCACUUGCGUGCCCGGCUAGCCGGCAGCCCCCCCCCCCCUUAUUUUGCUAUAUUUUUAUUUUAAUUUCUUUUCCUUCAUUUAUCUUAAAAGUAAGAUUGUAAAAAUCAUAUAAAAUUACAUAAUCACCCAAAAAUUCACAUUAAUCAACUAAAAACCACUUUUCACACUUUAAUACAAAUAUAAGUCCAUUUAUCAUGAGUUUAAGCUAAAAAUAUAUUAUUUAUUAAUUAUUAACUCAUGAUAAUGAAGACUUAUCAAUUGCCCAUAUUAUUUGUGUCUAAAGAGUGUUUGAAAUUAUAGACAUCAUAUGAUAGCCUUCUCAAAUGCUCAAGAUUCUAACGUAUCAUUGCCACAGUGUCAAAACUAUAUUUUAUCAUUUUUAACUAGUUUAAAUUUUCACUAUCAUUUUGUGAACUUUGAAAAGUGAUACAUCGAAUGUCAAGGUAGUCCAUGUCUAAGGAGAGCUUUUGA